AUGGCCACAGAAUUUAGAUUACUGAUGGCAAGAAAAAUUGUCUUGUUCGGUGGAGAGACGUCAUUUGUCGCUCCUAUCUUGGGCAGCGAUAUAGUACACCAUGUUUGGAAUAGCACUAUCUCUCUUAACCUGGAUAAAUUUCCAUUGGAUAAAGAAUCUGAAGUUCAUGAAAGAAAAGCUAUUUUGAGACUAAUUCAAGGCAUAGCUUAUUUAGUAGCAUUCCAAGUUGGAGUGACCGUAUUCAAUGUGAAAUACAUGCAAUCUGACGAAUUUUUGGAGGAUUCACUAUUUUAUAGACAUGUAUACUGUGGGCUGUGGGCUCACUUUGCUCUUUACAAGUAUAUUUCUUGUUGGCUGCUGACUGAAGCAUCAUGUAUCCGAUUUGGUAUUUCAUAUAAUGGUGAAGAAAACACUGAAAUGGGUGUUAUAUCAAAGUGGGAUGGCUGCAACAACAUUAAAUUGCUUCGUUUUGAAGAGAAGAACCAG